GGAGAAAUUGGAAAGCUCCAACCACUCUGCUUAGGCACGACUGGGCACAUACAUGCGUUGAAAUUUGUGUGCAUUCCAUUCGGUUGAGAGUUAUUUAUGAGGACGCCGUCGUUCGGGAGCAGCAGCCGCUCCUUCGACGCGGCGGAAUGCUCGCGCGAGCCGCCUCUCUUCGGCGGCGCAAUGCUACCGGUCUACCUCAACGACCUCAGCCGCAACAUCGCCGGCGAGGAGAUGGUCGAGGUCACGCUCGAGCUCGACGACAACUCCGUCGUCCUCUGCAGCGUCGCCCCCGCCAAUGCCUCCUCCUCCGCUGGCGACGACGACCAGGCCGGCGGAUUCCUCGCGCGGAGCACGUCGGCGGCGUCGCGGCUGCGGCGGAUGUUCUCGUGGCGGAGGACGCCGUCGGAGAGGACGUCCACGUCGGACGCCGCCGAGGACCAGCACCACCAGGCGGCGGUGGUGACGGCGCGUGAGAUGAUGAAGAUGAAGGCGAAGAUGAUGCGGAACAAAUCCACCGCGCAGAGAGCCCUCGGCGGCCUCCGAUUCAUCAGCCGCAGCACCGGCGGCGAAUCUCACCCCGACAUGCUCUGGAAGCUCGUCGAGGCCAGAUUCGCCGUCCUCGCCGUCGACGGCCUGCUCUCCCGCCACGAUUUCGGCGAAUGCAUAGGGAUGGGAGACUCGAAGGAGUUCGCGUUGGGGGUUUUCGACGCACUGGCGCGGCGGCGGAGGCUCAAAACCGGCAAAAUCACCAAGGCGGAGCUCCAUGAUUUUUGGCUCCAAAUUUCCGACGGCAGUUUCGACGCGCGCCUCCAAAUUUUCUUUGAUAUGGCUGACAUAAAUGGAGAUGGAAAAAUCACUAGGGACGAAGUACAAGAGCUAAUAAUGCUGAGUGCUUCUGCAAAUAAGCUGUCCAAUUUCAAGGAACGUGCCAACGAAUACGCCUCUUUAAUAAUGGAAGAGCUUGACCCUGAAUGCCUCGGCUACAUUGAGUUAUGGCAGUUGGAGACACUUCUCCUACAAAGGGACAACUACAUGAACUACAGUAGGCCUUUGAGCACAACAAGUGUGGGAUGGAGCCAGAAUUUCAGCAGCGUGGUGAUGAACAAGUUCUUGUCGGUGUUGCUGGAUAACUGGCAAAGAGCCUUGCUUCUGCUGGUAUGGGUUUGCGCCAUGGCCGGGCUCUUCACGUGGAAGUUCCUCCAGUACCGGCAGAAGGCCGCGUUUCAGGUGAUGGGCAAUUGCCUCACCACAGCCAAAGGAGCCGCCGAGACGCUCAAGCUCAACAUGGCCCUCAUCCUCCUUCCAGUUUGCCGCAACAUACUCACAUGGCUGCGUUCCACCAGAGCAAGAUUAGUUAUUCCUUUCGACGACAACAUUAAUUUCCACAAGAUAAUUGCGUCGGCUAUCGCGAUUGCGGUGGUAGUCCAUGCGGGAGUGCAUAUAACGUGCGAUUUCCCCCGCAUUGCUAGAUCUUCUCCUGAGAGGUUCGCGCUUAUUGCUCCCGAUUUUAAGGAUGGCCAGCCUACCUACAGCGGCCUCUUGAGAGGUGUCAUCGGCACGACUGGGAUCUCUAUGGUGGUGCUGAUGAUGCUAGCCUUCACAUUGGCCACACGGAGAUUUAGGAGAAACGGAGUGAAGUUGCCUCCUCCGUUUAACAGAGUAACCGGGUUUAAUGCAUUCUGGUACUCGCACCACCUCCUCGGCCUCGUCUAUGUCCUGCUUUUGAUUCAUGGCUCGUUCUUAUUCCUCGUUCAUCGCUGGUACCAAAAAACAACAUGGAUGUAUAUUUCAGUUCCGCUGAUUCUUUACAUAGCAGAGAGAAGUUUGAGAACCUGCAGAUCAGAACAUUAUGCAGUUAGGAUUCUCAAGGUUUCUGUACUUCCAGGAGGUGUCUUCAGCUUGGUGAUGACAAAACCGAACGGCUUCAAAUAUAAGAGCGGCCAAUAUAUUUUCCUUCAGUGUCCGGCAAUCUCCUCCUUCGAGUGGCAUCCGUUUUCGCUUACUUCAGCACCAGGUGACAAUUAUCUGAGCGUUCAUAUCCGGACAGUUGGUGAUUGGACUAAAGAACUGAAGCGAGUGUUCACUGAGGAUAAUAGCUCGACGUGUGUGAUUGGUCGUGCUAAAUUUGGAUCGAUGGGAAACGUUGAUCAAACAGGCCUGCCUAAAUUGCUGGUUGAUGGGCCUUAUGGAGCACCCGCGCAGGAAUACCAGAACUACGAUGUGCUGCUGCUCGUUGGCCUGGGAAUUGGCGCCACCCCUUUCAUAAGCAUCCUCAGGGAUCUCUUGAACAAUACCAGGCUUGAAGAUCAAGUGGACUCUAACACGGAGGCCAGCCGGUCGGAUGACAGCUCGAACAGCUUUGCCUCCUCGUACGACACAUCUGGCGGGAGGAAGAAGUCGCAGAAGACGAGGAAUGCGCAUUUCUACUGGGUGACUAGGGAGCCUGGAUCGUUUGAGUGGUUCAAGGGGGUGAUGAGUGAGGUUGCGGAGAUGGACCAUAAGGGCCAAAUCGAGAUGCACAACUACCUAACAAGUGUGUAUGAAGAGGGCGAUGCACGGUCGACUCUCAUCACGAUGGUGCAGGCUCUCAACCACGCUAAACACGGAGUCGACAUCCUAUCCGGAACUCGAGUUAUAACACAUUUUGCAAGGCCUAAUUGGAGAGAGGUGUUCCACAAAGUAGCUGCGAAGCAUCCAUGUUCGACAGUUGGUGUAUUCUACUGCGGUAUGCCUAUUUUAGCGAAGGAGCUGAAGAAGCUAUCGCAAGAAUUGAGUUACAAGACAUCCACAAGGUUUGAGUUUCAUAAGGAAUACUUCUGAAGCAAAGAAGAUAUAUCACGCGCGAUUUGUAAUUACUCAUGUUCAACGGGGGCAUAUAUAUAAAUAUAUACACAUAUACGCAUACACGCAUUAUAAAUUCAUUUUUAAAAAUGUAAAUGAAUCAAAGAAGUCAUUAUACGAAUAGAAUAGAGAAAUUCCGAUUAUUGAAAAAGUAGAGAUUUCUUUCGGAAGCAGGAACAAUGGUGAAGCAUUGGAUGUAUGCAUAAAAAGAAAUGUAAAAAAUGUAUUUUUCGUAGAUUUAUUUUGAUCUCAUGGAGCAGCAAACAAUACAUUAGACUAAAUAAAUUUAGUUUGCCUGGUUUUGUUGUGUAAUAAA